CACUGCAUUCUGGGGAUCCGUGUCCCACCUGCCGCCCAGGUACCGAGGGGGGAUACUAAACUCCCAGCGCAGCCGACCACACUCGGGUCCUAUUUCUGCACUUAUUCCUCUUCAAAGCAGCGCUCGCCGGGGGUUUCCGCUCUUCAUCUUUCCUAUGACUGAGACGUGGCGGCGCAUCGUGUCUCCGUAGCUCAGCGGGACCCCGCCAUGAGGCUUCUCCCCCAGAGCAGGACCUGCCAUGUGUUCAGCGUCUCCGGACAGGCGUCGGGGGCUCCUCCUGCAAGCCCCCCUGCUGUGGCUGCUGCAAAGGAAGAGGGGGUCACUGGGAUGACCCCCGAGACAGCCAGGCCUGAGGCCUGUCAAGGGCCCGCCGGGAAGGGCCGGACACCAGAGUGUGGCCCCUGGUCCCGGGGCUGGUGGGUGGCACGCAUCCUCCCCUUCCUCCCCCUCACCGCUGCCAUCGCCCUCACCCUGCACCUCCUAACAGGUGAGUCAGCCCUCACCCUGCACCUCCUAACAGCAUCGCCCUCCCCUGGUUUCCUGAUUGGCGGCAGUGUGGAGUUUCCAAACCUGAGCUUCUCAUUGGACCUGGCUGACUCCGCCUCUCCACAGUUCCACCUCCAGGCUCAGGCUUUAAGCCAGUAUUUCACCCAGAUCUACCAGGCCUCCCCCUGGAGUCCCUACUACCUAUACUCAGGAAUCACUGCUUUCAGUGAAGGAGCGGAAGGGCUUAAUGUAUUUUACUGGAGCAAGUUCUCGGCCCCGGAUGAUGUUGCCAUGGCGAUCCGGAGAUGGAGCCCCGCCCGGACACAGCGACGGUUGCCAGGCAGCAACAAACUCAAGGAUAGCCGCAACGAGGAGCGCUACCUGCUGGAGCGUGACGACGAGAUGCUGAAACUGCUCGGGUUGAACCCUGAGGAUUUCGACUCAGAUGACAAAGCAGACAAGUUUAAAAACCCCAACAGCAUCCAGGGUGGGAAGUGGCAGCUGGGCUUCCAAGCCAUGUCCUUCGACCUGUACGCUAAGUACGGUAACAACCGCACGCUGAGCCUGGUGAGCCCCAAGCGGCCGUACUACCAGUGGCGCCUGCGCGUGCCCUCGGGCCACCUGGUGCGUCUGGUGGUCCUCACUCUGCACGCCGGUGCCACGCCCGGGAGCUGCACCGCGCACAAGCUGUCCGCCUACGACUUCCUGCUGCCGCUGCAGAACAAGAUCAUCGCCCGGUGGUGUGGGAUGCCCAUGACCGGGUCGUCUCCGGUCAUGAAGCUGACCUCCUCUGGCAACGUGAUGCUGGUCACCUUCUCCUUCAGCAGACAGAGGGACGGGGCCGUCUUCAAGGCCUACUUCCAGGCCAUCCCCAAAGCAGGCUGUGGAGGGUCAAUAUCCUCCUGGAACGGUUCCCUUACCUCCCCCUACUACCCAGCCCACUACCCCCCCAACGUGGACUGCUCCUGGACCAUACGGGCUCCGUUGCCAGGAUACCUGAUCUCCGUGACGAUAGUAACCUUGGACAUUCAGGACUCCUCGUCCUCGGAUGGCUGUGAAAAGGAUUGGCUGGACAUCAGAGGUGUUAAGCUGUGUAACCCCGUGUCAGAGAGCAGCAGGAAGCGCAUCUACUCGUCUCCAGUCACCCUCCACUUCCACUCGGAUGAAUCCGUCACUCACAAGGGCUUCUACCUGCUGUACCGCUCCUUCUCCACGGAGAACGCGUGUCCUCGCCAGUUCCGCUGUGGGGAUGGCCGCUGCGUCCCACUGAGGAAGGUGUGUGACGGCGUCAGGGACUGCUCCGACGGACGGGACGAGACCAAGUGUCCGUCAUGUAAGCCCGGGGACGUGUCCUGUGGGAACGGAGAAUGUAAACCUCCAGGGAGCCGGUGCCUCGGCCAGGCCCCCUGUGGAGAGAGCAGUGAGGAGGGCAGCUGUGGAGGGAAGUGUUUCCACAUGUGUCCCAACAAGGUGUGUGUGCCCAAGUCCUCGGUGUGUGACGGAGUGCUGGACUGCAGGGACCGCAGUGACGAGCUCAACUGCAGCAAAGCCAACAACAAAGGUUGUCUGCCAUCGUCCUACAAAUGUGCCAGCGGGAAGUGUGUGAACAAGCUGAACCCCGAGUGUGACGGAGCCAAGGACUGCUCCGACGGCUCUGACGAGCAGCGCUGUGGCUGUGGCACCAGACCCAGGAAGCGCUCUAAGAUCGUGGGGGGUGCUGAUGCAGGGGUGGGCUCGUGGCCCUGGCAGGUCAGCCUCCAGAUGGACCGCUACGGUCACGUGUGUGGGGCCUCGCUGGUGUCCAGCCGCUGGCUUAUCUCCGCCGCACACUGCUUCCAGGACUCCGACGCCAUCAAGUACUCGGACCCCCGGUCCUGGCGGGCCUUCAUGGGCCUGCGGGCCAUGAGCACGGGCAACGCGGGCGCUGCCACGCGGCCGAUCCGCCGCAUCGUGCUGCACCCCCAGUACGACCAGUUCACCUCGGACUACGACCUGGCGCUGCUGGAGCUCAGCGCGCCCGUGUUCUUCAGCGACCUGGUGCAGCCCGUCUGCGUGCCCGCGCCCUCCCACACCUUCAGCACCGCCACCAGCUGCUACGUCACCGGCUGGGGCGUGCUGAUGGAGGACGGGGAGCUAGCGGCGCGGCUGCAGGAGGCGCCGGUGAAGAUCAUCAACAGGAACACGUGUAACAAGCUGUACGACGACGCCGUCACUCCCAGAAUGCUCUGCGCUGGAAACCUCCAGGGAGGGGUGGACGCCUGCCAGGGGGACUCCGGCGGGCCCCUGGUGUGUGUGGAGCGCGGGCGGCGCUGGUUCCUGGCCGGCGUUGUAAGCUGGGGGGAGGGCUGCGCCCGGCUGAACCGCCCGGGGGUCUACACCCAGGUGGUCAAGUUCGCCGACUGGAUCCAGCAGCAGACCAGAGGUCAAGUGUGACACGGACCGGGCGGAGCCACCACCGUAUGAGGAACACAGAGAGAGAGACGGGCAGGCGGACACACGGACAGGACACACAGACCGAGAUGCACAGAACCGAUCGUACGGAUAAAUGGACAGAAACAGCAGGAGCAGGCAAAAAGACGGACAGACGGACACAGACAGCCAGAACAGACAGGCCAUCAGACAAGACGGACAGACUGGAUAGAAAGUCAGGCAAAUUUAAAAGGACAGAAAGACAGACAAUCAAGAUAGCCUAUCCAGGCAAACUGAAACGGAGACAGACAGACAAUCAGACAGAUAGUCAGGCAAAACAGACAAACAAACCGACAUCUUAAAGGAAACCUCUGGAUUUUUCAUCCCGGACCCUAUUUUCCGAGAAUUUGGGUCAAAGGGAAAAAUGAGGAGAACAACUUUUAGAAUAAAUCCGAUUUUGAGGGAGAGGGCUGCAGCCAUUAAACAGGUGGGAACGGGCUGUGGUUUGAAUCCUACACGGCUGGGCCUAAGGGCCUGGUGACCACUGACAGGCUAUGUUCUCACGGAAAGGAUCCAUGAAGAGGAAAAAACUUCUCUUUACCUUUCGCUUGAUCCAGUCAGUUUGCUAUUGUGCCCUACCAAGUCUCGCGAGAGCGGAGUGGUUGCAGGAGAAGGUUGGAGGUGUGACUGAGAGCUGGAGAGAGCAGCCCAAUAGAGAGACUUCUCCUUGAGCGAGACUGGGUUAGACACAAUGAAAAACGGACUAGAUCAAACAAAGGGUAAAGAAAAGUUGUACUUCUCUGUAGGGAUCCUUUCUAUAAUGUUAGAAUCUAAGCAGAGCCCUUUGACAGGAAGUACCUUGAGUUUCAGUCCCCAGAGUUUGAGAGUAGAGGGAGCGUAAGACCAGCUGCUUCUGAUUGUAGAUCCUCUACAGCCUGCCCCACAACGUGUCCUCCAGGCAUGGUCUCCCUCACAACCUGUCAUGCAUUAUUUCAACUGUACACCGCAAAUGGAGUGAGUUCUCUUCUGCCCCGCCUGCUGUUGGCAGCCUCCUCCCCAUGUGUCUACUCUGUGUGUGUUGACUCCUUACACAAGUCUGUCCACUGUGUGUGUGUUUGUGUGUGUGUGUGUGUGUGUGUGUGUGUGUGUGUGUGUGUGUGUGUGUGUGUGUGUGUGUGUGUGUGUGUGUGUGUUGACUCCCUACACAAGUCUGUCCACUGUGUGUGUGUGUGUGUGUGUGUGUGUGUGUGUGUGUGUGUGUGUGUGUGUGUGUGUGUGUGUGUGUGUUU